AUGGCGGAAUACUCGGGCAAACGAAGAACAGGGCAGGAUAUGUCCCCGGAUGUUCUUGGUCAACUAAGAAAUAUGGCAGAAAAUCAUCUCAAGGAGCUCGAGAAGGAGAAGGCACGAGAAGACACAGAGAGCCUGAAACGAUCAAAAGAGCUCGAACGCUACCGAAAACAGCCACGGCGAAGCAAAGACGGCAGGUCAGUGCCCUUUUGCUCGACGCCGAGUCCGAAAAUGAGAUCAGCACAAGAUGUCCUCGAUCGUCUGCAUUGGGACCCAAGUUACGACAUAACAAAAUACACCAUUGGAUAUCUGGAAAGAUUUUCCGGCAUAAUGGAAACGCCUGCGGACAGCUGGAUUUCCGAAUCCACAGAUGAAGAAUGGAUACCUCAACAUCGGAUCAAGUACUUCAAAAGAAGUCUUGAGAAUGGCGAACAAGAGGUGGUUUGGGAUCGUGAAAGGCGAAUAGAUAAAUUUUUUGGGACCGGCCUCAGUCGCACCGGUGAUCAUGAGCUUCGGGCUAAAGGUGCCGGUGUUGGUUUGGACUCCUGA